UGCACGGCUUGUUUUUUUCCACACCGUCUCGGCAGGCGCGGGGAAACCCUGUUCGUAAAAAUGGCGUUAUCGCGUUUGUGACCGCCGGGUUGUUAGGCAUAUAAAUCGUGAAGAGUUUUAUUUUUCAGUUGAUUUUUUUUAUAUAUCUAGAAACGAAGCUCGUAUUUCUGACAGCUGCUGUGUACCAAGAAAAUUUCAUAGCGAACAUUUUUUUUCCUGCGUUUCCUGUUGUGAGUUUUCAAACUGAGAAAACGAAGGAAUUUCAUUGAAGAUAUUCAAGAUAUUCAUUCACUUUAACUCUUUAUAAUGAGUAAAAAGAUAUUUUGAAAACACCAUCCUGGAUUGUAGCCGAUUUGUUUUGAUAUUUUGAUCUUCUGUGUUAAUCGUAAACAAUCGACCACUCGACUCUAUGUUAUCGCUAGCAGUCAACACCAACUUUCGUGGGCCAAUGAAAUCUGUAUCAGAUUCUCAAUCAGAGGCGGUUACUUUCAUGGGGCUGUUGCGUAAAAACGAAGAGACCCUUGUCGAAAGGACUAAGUCUUUGGUGAAACGCGACAAGGCGUUCAUCCAGGAGAUGUUUACCUCCCUUGUUGGGGAGUGGACGCCCAUGCACGCCUGCACCCUUCGGGGCGCCCGGAAGUUAGUCAAAGUCGCGCUGAAAGCGGGCGUUGAUCCUAAUAUAGAAAUGGGAAUGCCCGAUGGAUUACCCGGGAGGUGUUCGCCUUUACACCUGGCAGCGUACAGGGGUGACGUUAGUAUCCUGCAGCUGCUGCUUCAGCACGGCGCCAACAUCGAGAAGCGCGACAGCACCAACCACACGCCCCUGCACUACGCCGUACUCCGGCGGAACACACUGGCCGCGAGGAAGCUUUUAAAACACGGCGCCGACGCCUCCGAGCUGACGCUGGAGGAGCGGAUGUUCUACAGAGACGACAUCGACAACCGCGGCAACGGGAUGCUGUGCGUGCCCGUCAAGGCCACGCCCAAGGUGACGAAAAACGGCACCCCGUCGGGGUCGACGUCGAAGAGUAAACCUACCUCCAGCUUAUCGUAACACCGGUUGUAUCCAAAACUUUUGUUGAACUUUGGAGGGAAAAGAAAGACAUUCCUUAGACAAUCGUGCAUUCGUCCAGAAGUUAAACUUCAUUAACGUACAUCGUAUUUUCAUCAAAUUAUCUCAUCAUAACGCAUACUUCGUAUAAUUGUACCAUAAACAAUUUCGCAAAUGACAAAAAAAAACGGUUAUUAUUCUAACAAAAACUUGGAUUUUACACUGAAAACUAAAAGGAACGAACGGCGUAACUUAACUUACAAGCGCCUCGGGGUGACCUACUUUACCGCUCGCUGCCAUUACUUGUGACAAGUUUAUUCACGAGAACUCUCAAUUGUGCCUCGUUUUGUAUAUUUGUAUGACAAUAAAGUGCUAACCGGGGCUUUCCGCCCCCCUCGUACAUCAACACACCCUAGUUACGCCUUUUGGGUUUAAUAUUUUUAAAAUGCUUAUUUUACUUCACGAUCAACUGUUUAUGUCGUUCCUCCCCUCCCCACAUCAUUUUCAUCGAGCAAGUCUACAGACUACUGAGGUUGUUUCACAACAUCUUUUGACGCGCACAUGAACAGAAACAACAGAACCCUAGUGUAAACUACACCUCAACCCGACACCCCACACGAACAGAUCAAGAAGCCUACCCACAAAUCUACUUCUCCAGGAAUCGAGUGUGUACAAGCUAUCAAUUUACCCAGCAAUUAAAUAUGUAAGAGUCUACACGGUUUCUAUAAACUAGUCGCUUAGAGACGUACAUACAGCUUCACUUUAAAGCGGUCAACAUUGUUUUAUUCAACAACCAUACGAAAAUAUUGACUUUCAUUUUUUCUGAUACAUGUAUAUCAUAAUGUUAUACUAAAUUCAUUUCAACUUAUCUCGGUGCUACACUACAGUGUAAUAACCUACUUUUUCCCUUAAAAAAAAAACAACAAAAACCGUAUAUACUAUAUAGGUACUAGUUUUAGACCCGUAAUGUAGACGGCUCAAAGUAUUAUUCUAUGAAUCACAUUGUUAACUAAAAAAGAAAGAUAUACUACAAUUUCCAUUACCUGUGAUUAUGUUUAGACGUUAAUCUCUUGGCACAGUUCAGUCAAUUCAAAUAGAAUAAACAUUGAGAGAUACUUUAAUUGGAAUUGAACAAAGAAAGUAAACAAUUCAUCUAAGACAUGACUAGGCACUUGUAGGGCAGUUUGAUCGAUAGAUCAUUAUGAAUAAGAAGGUUGUUUCCAUUUAGUUUAAGUUUAUUUUUUUAUGAGGAGUUUUUUUUUCUAUAAACAAACUCAAUUCGGUAUUACAAAGCUAUACGUGAAUUUAAACGAUAAAUAAAGAGCACACAUUAUAAACACGUUGUUAUCACGCAUAAUAUUUUCAUUACGUUUUUUGUGACCAUAUUUUGUAAAUAUAAAUCUAUAAAAGUUUUUUUUUUUCUAUUUCACCUUAUACAACAAGCAAAUUGUGAUAAAAUGGAUGCACCCUUUGUUUAAACUUUGAACCGACAAUGGCCUUGUCCUUGAACUAUGCUAUGACCCUUAAAACUUGAAUGUUUGUGAUCAUGAAAGGGGAUGUUAGAGAUGUUUUUCCUGUUUACAGAUGUACUACGUUUCAAUGACUGUUUAUAUGUUGAAUGGUUUGCGGCAUGAGACUCAUGAAAUAAAUUUAGAUCUAAUUAUUUUCCUACACCUUAUGAUUGAGAGCUUGUUCCUGAACAUUUGUAAAAUUGCUUCAAAAUUUUGUUUAUGUAUUAAUUUAUUUUACAGUUUAGAAUACCAGAAUUACAAUUGUAUGAAAUAUAUAACAGACUAUAUAUAUAUAUAUAUAUAUAUAUA